CCCCCCCAUAACUCGCGUCUCCCGGAAAGCUGCCAACUCGAACCCGCCAACUGCCUCCCACGCAAACCGAACCCCCUGGAAUCACCAAUCGCCAUCCAUCGCGCUUCAUUCCUUCAUCCCUUGAUUCUUCACAAAAAGGAAAAAAAAUACCCAUUCACCCCGAACCCGCGCAUCCCGUCAUUAAUCGUCAGAAAUCCGAAGCCGCCGCCGCCAAAGCUCUAGAACCUAUAAACAGCGCCGUGCUCAGUGCAACCCCACUCGACCAGCCCCACUCAACCCCCCAUCUUGCCCCGUGCCUAGGUCGCUUUACGUUCUCCGCGUCGUACCCUUUUUCCGUCACAAAAGAAUCCCGCCCUUCUCUCGAUACCAUGAACGGUGGUGGUGGUGCAUCUGCUGCGCCAACGACGGAAAACGGUGCCGGAGGUCAACAGUCGCAGCCCCUACACCAGCUCAAGCAAGCCUUACAUAUCGUCUACAGCCCGCAGUCGAGCAACGAUGACCGGAAGCAGGCUGGAGCCUUCCUAGAGGCUGCAAAGAGCGAAAAGGAAGCGCCGUUCCAUGGCUUCAAACUCGCGCACGAUAAAACCCUGGAACCGGUAGUGAGACAUUUCGGCCUGCUGCUACUGGAGAAUGCGAUCCGGUACUCCUGGCCUGACUACACUGUCACCGAGAGCAUUACGGUUAGAAACUGGAUCUUGUCCCUGGCCGAGAAUAUCGACAACAACGACCCAGUCUACCUGAGGAACAAGAUCGCGCAACUCUGGGUGGAGGUGGCCAAGCGGAUGUGGGAUAAUGAAUGGCUGGAUAUGGACGAGUUGCUGGUGAGACUUUGGGACAAUGCCGCAAGACAACCAAAUGCUGCACAGAGGGACCUCGUACUAUUCAUUCUGGAAACGUUGGUAGAUGAUGUCUUCAACCGUGAGGAUUCGGUAGCUGGGUUGAGGAAUACACCGUUGAGCAAAGCCUGUUUUGACGUCUUCACGCCUCUGAGUGUCUUCGAUACUUAUUAUCCUCAGAGAGAACCAAGCACCGUGACACGCCGCGGAGACGAUGGUUGGCUCGUGAGACUUGUCCGUCUGCUGGAUGAAGCCCUCGAGGCGGGUGUGAACAAGGAUUCCGAGGCGGAAGCAUGCUCCAUCAAGAUUCUGAGCGUACUGAAGGCUUGCAUGGGAUGGUCCAUACCAAAGGCUGUAUCCGCAUCUAAAGUCGUCGAAACCGUCGGGAGAUCACUGAUGGUUGAGAGUACGGCAGUACAGAUGAUCGCCACAGAGUGUCUUCACACGCUUUUUUCAAAGCCUUUUUUCGAGGAUGAUGACUUUCAGAGCCUUGUCUGCCCAAUGUAUCAUUCUCAGACUGUAGACCUUCUAAAAAACAUCUUCAAUUGGGUACGAGUUGAUGCAAGCGACAUUGACGAAGAACGGUAUCUGUUCCUGAAGAAAUUUUCCGAGAUGAUUGCCAACCUCGGGGGUUUUAUUGAGGAUCGGGCUAACUCGCUACCAAAUGAGCUCGAUUUGCCUGGUUUCCUCAACUUAGCCUUCCUGAUCUCCAGCCACGACAGUCUUGCGAUAUCUAUCCCGGCAUUGAAUCUCUGGACUAAGAUCCUUAGGUCGGAGACUCUAGGCCAGAUUGAUGUCGUACAGCCUUUCACCGCUCAGCUAUUGGAACUGGCAACUUCCAGGCUGAUCAGGUACGAAAAUAUGGAAGAAGACAGCAAGAUUCCCAGUGUAGUAUUCCUCAAUGAAGACCUGGACACGAUUCCGGAGCGCCAUGCAUUCCUAGGGAACUACAGACGCUUCUGCAGUAGUAUAGUGGAGAGCAUCACUAGACGGAGACCCUUCGAAGCGUUCCCUUUCAUAAUGGGCAAUGUCGAUAACACUCUCGGCUCGCUUUAUGCAUCGGAACCACCGUUUGCCUUUGACCGGUACAAGAAGAACUCUAUGGAAUUCCUACGGGUGGAUUCUCAGUUUUCUGUUGUUGAGGCUGCACUCAAAGGCUACAUGAAAUGGGCUGACAAUAAUGCGCUCGAGCCCGUACUGGACAACAACAAGGAGCCCCUGGAACGGAACCUGGAAACCUGGUGUGAACAGCUUCUGGCCAAAAUUUUUGAGGAUCCAAUGAUAAAACGACGAGUUAUCCAAUUGAUGGUUACCUUUUCCACAACAGCCCUUGAUAACAGGCCAGAUCUCAUGCUGAAGAUUCUUGAGCACAUUCUGCUGACACGACCGGCCGAGUACCCUGCUAACCAUGGUUACACGGAUGCGCUCAAAGAACUCAUGAACAUCUGCACGACGGAGAUUCAACGGUUAGCGAUGAAGAUGCCAGAUCAUCUCAUGGUCGUUUACGAUCAGCUGCAGAGCAAGAUCAACGAGAUUGCUGCGGGUGAUGGCGUCGACGACCGGACGAAGAUCGCUUUUCAUACAUUCCUCUUCACUAUCAACCAUCGCACAAAGAACAUAGACCCGGAAAUACGGAAACAAAGACUCGAAAGUUACAUCGUGCCAGUGAAACAAGGCUGGUCAGAUCCUAACUUGACGGAGGCUUUGCGGUCUUUCCAAGGGUUCUGUCAACUACUGGGGUUGGACAAAGUUCAGGAAUAUCUGAUAUCACGGCGGGUGCAUGAGAUUCCCGACUUUUCGAACCAUCCACUAGAUACUGAAGGCCAGGCACUGCAGAACGAGCUCACAGAGAAGUUCAAGACACUUCCGAUCCGCGCUACAAAGGCAUUCAUCGCUGUAUCCACGGAGAAACUGAAACGCCCGUCAAACGCCUACAAUAUCUCUUGCAGCUUGUGGCAUGAUGCGAUCCCUAUGAUCUUGCCGAACUUGUUGAGUUUCAUGAGUAAUGCACAUGGAUUCCAUAACCCCCAAAAUUGGCAAGGCCUUCCUCUAGAACUUCAGCCAGUCGUGAAGAAGAUCCUUACCGAUCGGUUUUGGCAAGCCGGUAUCUCAACCGGCAGCAGAGACGACUUCUACGAGAAUGUAACAAAGACCAAAACAACCAUGGAAGGUCUUGCGUCCUCUAUCAGGGGCGCCAUUCGCAUGGUUCGUGAAUCGUGUUACUCAAUUCUCUGGUGUAUGUCGCGGCUUGACGUGCAUUUCUACGGGUUGGAGGAGCUUCCCGGGCCUCUUGCUAUGGCUCUAUUCUCCGAUGCGCAUGCGCUGAGCUCGCACCAAAUGUCGAUUUUGCUCAACAUGACGCGAUACAUCAUCGAUGACUGUCCUGUACCUUAUCGACAGCACUUCCUGACACCCCUACUCGCCAGUCUCUUCACCCAAGUUGACGCAAAAGUGAGCGGGGAGUGGAAUGAGUUGAUCGAGAAAGGACAAAUAUCGCAAGGUGGAGAGGCGCAGCUGGCCGAGGAGAUGAAAGAGGAGAGUAUCCUGCGGCAACUCACCUACACGGCGGUAUUGAUCGUGGCAGGAUUGCUGGAUCCUCAGCGGCCUGGGGAAACGAACCUCGCAAACGCGAAUAUGCUGCCCCACCUUGCGCUACCGGAAAUGGAGGCGAGCCAGUCAGGAGAACCAACUAUGCGGGAAUUCAUCCUCUCCAGUGAUGUUGUCUUGGAGCCGCUCAUCCUGUUUUGCACCCACGCCCUGCGCAUGCGCGAUUCAAGAUGUUGUGGUAUCAUCAUUCGCGUCUUUAGGUCUAUCGUGCCAGAAUUCCGCGCGGACCGUGCGGAUAUCCGAGAGUUUAUCUGCCGUGAAGUGCUGAUGGCGGCUGUAGACUCACUCCAUGAAGAUUACUUCGUCGAUGUCCAAAAGGACCUCGCGCAGUUGAUUUCCACCAUUUGUCUCCUCUACUCCCCCGCAUCACAGACACCCAGGAAUCUCCUACUCUCCCUCCCGGGCAUCACAGAAUCUAAAGUGGACUCCUGUUUUAAGCGCCUAGCGGUAGCACAGAGCACGCGCCACCAGCGAGCGCUAUUCUUGGAACUACUGGAUGGCCUCCGCGGUGUGCCAAUGAGCGAGAAGGGGAAGCUGCCUCGGGCCAGCAAACAACGCGCUGCGGUGGAGAAGGAGAGGAGGUCUCAGCAGCAGCAGCAGCAGCAGAGGUAUGCCGAGGAGAGACAGAAGAGCCCAGAUUUGGGAGGCGUCGCGGAUAUGUUCGCGUGAUAUAGAUUUCAUGUGUGAUUGAUUGUUUUCUGUACAUUUUCAUUUUCCAGGGGUAGUUGGCUGGUAGGGACUGAUCACAGACAGCCUUCAUAAAGCAUACUCCCCCCUAUCCUCUUGAUUUUUUUUCCUUUUCCUUUUCCAUUUGUCGUUUUCCAUUUUCAGUUUGUUGAGUUGAUGGACAUCAUGGGCGGAUACCUAUCACGGGUGAUCAUAAUUGUUGGAGAAUGGUAGGGUACUAUUAUGUUGAUGAUUAUUGUGUACUUUUAUAGUAGGGAUCUGCUUUGGUCGUAAUGGCAAUGGCAAUGGCAAUGGUAC